AAUAAAUAAAACACACAUAGCCACCUAUAUUUAGAGAUCCCUUCUUUUCUUUACUUUCUCUGUUCAUCUGCCAGCUUUGGAUUUGCCAGUUUGGUACUUAGAUUCUUGAGUUCAGCUUCUUUAAGAUGCACUGGAUGUAGAAGGUUGAGACCAUCAUUUUCAAAAAAGACUUAUGAUUGGGCAGCAGAAAGGAAUUUUUGGAACUGUGGUAUUGAUAUAAAGUUGGUUUCUGUAGUUCAAUUUAUGGACAAAAAUUAACAUGCGGCCUGCAUUAUAUAUACCAAGAUCUAGUGAAGUACAACAUAGUAGCAUGGCUGUCUCUGGUGCGACGCCUAUGUCUUUACCCAGUUUGCCGAAAUUGGAGGAUAAAUUUCCCAGAUUGCCAGAUUCUCUUCAUGUUAUCUCGGAGAAGGAGCUAAAUACAAACCUAAUUUCUCCACGGGCAAUUUCAUUGAUGUCUAAGAGUGGAACAGUAGGGCAUCUACUGUCGUCUACUUCUGGACCCCACAAAAAUUUUCACUUCUCACCUACCUCUCCUCACGAAACUCGAAUGCGUCAUUAUCCAUUUAUCUCAAGUGGGGGUUCUAUGGCAGCCAGCCAAGCUUCAAAUUCAAGUGUACAUUCCACCUCAUUAGAUAAUUAUCCCUCGGGGAACAAAGAGAAUUCAGUUCAUGAGUUUCUUGCUUUUCCUACAAAUGUUCCUGUUCAAAACGGCCAAGUGGAAAGCCUUGCCGGCGUCAUGGCAUCUGAUGAGCACGCUAAGAGAUCUGAUUGGCAGGAGUGGGCUGAUCAGCUAAUUAACGAUGAUGACACUCUCGGUUCAAGCUGGAGCGAUAUCCUAGUAGAUGUCAAUUUUCCAGAUCCUGAACCUAAGUUGCUGGGAGUUUCUGAGAUCCCUGCUAACCAGCUGCAACCUCCUCCUCCUACUUCAUCUGGGCAAAGCUGCCCAGUUGGUAGCCCAUCAUCUGCCACAUCUAAGCCUCGAAUGCGGUGGACACCAGAGCUUCACGAAGUCUUCGUGGAAGCUGUAAAUAAGCUUGGCGGAGGCGAAAAAGCUACGCCGAAGGCUGUCUUGAAGCUCAUGAAUGUGGAAGGCUUAACCAUCUAUCAUGUUAAAAGCCACUUGCAGAAAUAUAGGACUGCCAGAUACAAACCAGAACCCUCUGAAGGAACUUCAGAAAAGAAGCCAAAUAUCGUCACAGAGAUGCCAUCUCUGGACUUGAAAACGACUAUGGGGAUAACAGAAGCACUGAAAAUGCAGAUGGAAGUUCAGAAACAGCUUCAUGAACAACUUGAGAUCCAAAGAAAGCUACAACUGCGAAUUGAAGAACAAGGGAAAUACCUCCAAAUGAUGUUUGAGAAGACAAAAAACAUGGGAAAAGAACUAAAUGUAUCAUCAUCAAAAUCAGAUGAACCUCCUUCACCAUCCACCGGAAUAAAGCAUGCCCCUCCCGAUGACAAAUCAGAUGCACCAGAGCAGGAUCAUCUCAGCGUUCGACUUGGUUCAAAUGAUGCUUCAAGCUCUGCAGAUGAUCUUACCGAGAAUAAGAAAUGAAAAUCACCCGAAAGGAGAGCUUGUGAGAAUCAUGACUCAGAUGGUAGAGACUUAAGUUUCCCCUAGCAAAACGUGCAAAAUCGGAGGAAACAUCCCCUUGGUGACCUUGACAGACACUUUGUAACCUUGUAGCGAGAAUAGCUGUAAUGUGGAUUAUGGUGCCUAUGUUGUUGACAGACUUGUGAAAAAAAAAAAAAGAUUUCUAGUAUAAUAAAUAACCAGUAUUUCAACCUC